AUGAUCCGACGCCACAAGACCACCAUUUUCACGGACGCCAAGGAGUCGAGUACCGUGUUUGAGCUGAAGCGUAUCGUCGAGGGCAUUCUUAAGCGGCCUCCUGACGAGCAGCGGCUGUACAAGGAUGACCAGCUUCUGGAUGAUGGCAAGACACUGGGUGAGUGUGGAUUCACCAGUCAGACAGCGCGACCGCAGGCCCCAGCCACUGUGGGGCUGGCCUUCCGAGCAGAUGAUGCAUUUGAGGCCCUGCGCAUUGAGCCCUUUUCCAGCCCACCAGAGCUGCCUGACGUGAUGAAGCCACAGGACUCAGGAAGCAGCGCCAACGAACAAGCCGUGCAGUGAGAGGGCCUAGGGCCCACCCUCCAGUGCCCCAUUCCUGCCAAUAAAAAAUUUGGGUGUCUGCCUG